CUGAGUUCCUAAAAAAAAAAAAGCAUCUGCCAUCACGUCAUCAAACUGUUUUCUUGUGUCAAUUGAUAGGGUUCAAUCUUCAUCUCUGCUGCACUCCGCCGUGGUUACAAAUCUUCCGGAUUCAUCAGGCCGGAACGCGAAAAUUGGUCUUCACCUCCGACCAGGACCACGCGAAACAAAACCAAUUAUUAUAAGGACCCGUAGGGAGAAAGUGGCACCCUUCAGGGGGGCUGUCGGGGACCGAGCCGAAUCCACCCUACGCCGGCUUUCCCGGCGCCUGUUAUCGCGGUAGCCGAUAGGGACAGGCCGCGAUAAGAUGGGGGAGAAGAACGAUGGGGUAAGGCCGGCGGUCGCUUGCCUUAGCGACGCCAGCUACACGGCCAGCGACUCGUCCGCCCUCUCCCUCUCCUUGCCUGAUCCCAAAAAGGCCGGGUUAAUACCGGACUCCACCUCCAGCGACACCGUUUCCGCCGAUAAGCCCGGGACCUUCCAGAAGGACAACACCACCACCUCCGCCAUCACCGAGGGAAAACAAGCCAGCUCGGACAGCCCCAGCGACGAGGAUGGUGAUUACAACAAGCACAAGCACAGAAACAACAAUACCAACAACCAUAAGAAUGAUGAUGAUAAUAAUAAUAAUGACAACAAUGAUGGCUGCGGCGUCGAUGACGACCUCCCCACCGGCGCCGCCCUGACCCUGCACCCCUCGGCGGCGACGACGGUGGACUUCCCCGAGGGCGGGCUGACGGCCUGGCUGGUCGUCUUGGGCUCCUUCUGCGCCAUGCUGUCGCUCUUUGGCCUGAUCAACUCGGCCGCCGUGUUCGAGUCGUACUUCACCACCCACCAGCUGGCCCACAAGACGUCGUCCGAGAUCGGCUGGAUCUUCAGCCUCUACCUCUUCAUCGUCUUCUUCGUCGGCAUCCAGGUCGGGCCCGUCUUUGACCGGUUCGGCGCCCGCGUGCUGGUCGCCGCCGGCAGCGGGCUGAUCUUCCUGAGCUUGCUGCUGCUGAGCUGGUGCGAGGAAUACUACCAGAUCAUCCUCACGUACUCGGUCCUCGGAGGCCUGGGGGGUGCGCUGCUGAACAGUCCGGCUUACGGAGCCAUAGCGCACUUCUUCAACGUCCGCCGGGGGCUGGCGACGGGGAUCGCGACCACCGCCGGCGGCGUCGGCGGGGUCGUGUUUCCCGUCCUGCUCAGGGCGCUGCUUCCGGGCGUGGGGUUCGCAUGGAGCUGCCGCGUCCUCGCCUUCAUCAUGCUGGGCCUGGCCGUCCCGUCGAAUCUCUUUAUCAAGACGCGUCUGACGCCCGCCAAGGGCCAGGACGGCCGGCGCAAGGUGCAGUCGGUGUGGCCCGACUUCAGCGUCUUCACGGAUGCCCGGUUCGCUUUCGCCUCCAUCGGCAUCUUCUUCAUGGAGUGGGGCUUGUUCGUGCCCCUGACGUACAUCGUCUCGUACGCGGUCGCCCACGGCCAGGACGCCACGGAGAGCUACCUGCUCCUGUCGUACCUGAACGCCGGCUCGGUGCUCGGCCGGGUGCUCCCGGGUUUCCUGGCCGACCGCCUCGGGCGCUUCAACGUCAUCAUCGUGACCAUUGCGCUGUGCGUCAUCACGGUGCUGGCGCUGUGGCUGCCCGCGGGCAGCUCGCAGGCGAUGCUGAUCGCGUACGCGGUGCUUUUCGGGAUCGCGAGCGGGAGCAACCUGGGGCUGGUGCCCGUCUGCCUCGGCCAGCUGUGCGAUCACCGACGGUACGGACGCCUCUUCUCGACCGCCAUGAUGGUGGCCAGCUUCGGGACUCUCAGCAGCGUGCCGAUCGGCGGCGCCAUUUUGGAUUUGGGAUCGUCAGAGAGCGCUUGGAGGAACCUGGUCAUCUUCGCGGGCGUGUCGUACUUUGUCGCGCUAGGGUGCUACACCACUGCCCGAAUUCUGGGGGCUGGAUGGGAUCCGCGUGAGAUUUUCUAAUUGAGCUGCGGAGAUGUCGGAUAGAUAUAGAGAGGGUUUUUUUUUACAAGGUGCUUGGAUGGUGCAUCAGCGGCAGCGAAAAUUCAUAUGGGGUAUCUAAUUAGCAUAGAACGUAGUCUACACAGUAGAGCAAGUCGAGAACCACAAUUAAUGUCAACGUAAAUACGAUGCACAGUAGUUACUUCAUCAUUGGUUGAUGCAAGCC